UAUAUAGCUUCGAAAUUGGUAAUCAACUUCAGAAAGUUCAAGCCUCUAGUCCCUUGGUACUAACAGUUUCUCUCUAGUGCAUAUACUCGCCACCCCCAACAAAAUAUAUCUUUAAGGCAUGGAGAUUGAUCAAUCAGCAACUCAAGAGAAGGCCAGGCCUUUGACUCGUGCACGGGGCUUGCUCAAGGCCUUGCCUGGCAAGGCCGAGGCCGAGGUUAUAGGGUUUGCAAAAAGCGUAAGAAAACUUGGACAAGAUGACCCAAGAAGAAUCAUCCAUUCCCUAAAAGUGGGACUAGCUCUCACACUGGUGUCCUCAAUAUAUUACUUGAGGCCUCUCUAUAAGAGCUUUGGGGAAGCAGGAAUCUGGGCUGUGCUAACAGUGGUGGUAAUUUUUGAAUUCACCGUAGGUGGAACAUUGAGCAAGAGUUUGAAUAGAGGUUUCGCAACAUUACUUGCUGGAGCUCUAGGACUUGGAGCUCAACACCUGGCCAGUCUCUCCGGAGAGAAAGGGCAGCCCAUUGUCCUUGGAAUUCUUGUCUUCUUAUUAGCUGCAGCAUCUACGUUCACACGAUUUUUCCCUCGAAUCAAAGCUAGAUAUGACUAUGGAGUCUUGAUAUUUAUAUUAACAUUCAGUUUGGUAUCUGUUUCUGGGUAUCGAGUUGAAGAACUCUUGGUGUUGGCAAGUCAAAGACUAUCAACAAUACUAGUGGGUGGGGCAAUAUGCAUGAUUGUGUCCAUCUGUAUUUGUCCUGUUUGGGCAGGUGAAAAUCUUCAUAAUUCGGUUGCUUCCAAUAUAGAAAAUCUUGCAAGCUACCUAGAAGGUUUUGGAGGUGAAUAUUUUCAUUCCGGUGAAGGUUCCGAUAGCGACAGAUCAUUUCUUCAAGGAUAUAAAAAAGUCCUCAAUUCAAAACCCACAGAUGAAACCAUGGCAAAUCUUGCAACAUGGGAACCUGGACACGGCCGCUUUGGUUUCCGGCAUCCGUGGAAACAAUACUUGAAGAUUGGAGCGCUCUCGCGUCAAUGUGCUUACCAGAUUGAAACUCUUAAUGGCUACAUUAACUCUGAUAACCAAGCACCACUAGAAUUCCGAUGCAAAAUCCAAGAAUCAUGCACACAGAUAAGUGCAGAGUGCGGGAAGGCACUGAAAUCACUGGCAUCGGCUAUCAAAAGCAUGACUUUUCCAUCCUCAGCAAAUGUCCAUGUGGAGAACUCCAAAACCGCGGUCAAGGACCUUAAAAUUUCUCUCAAAGCUGUCUCACUCGAGCAUGAUCAAGAACUUUUAGCUAUUUUGCCAGAUGCAACAGUAGCAUCGAUACUGGUAGAGAUUGUUGUGUGUGUGGAGAAAAUAUCCGAAUCAGUACACGAGCUCUCUAAUCUAGCACACUUUAAGAGCGUGGAACCUACUGUGUCACCAGAGAAACCCCAAUUACUUCACCGAGGAGCCAUAAAUCCUGUUUUAGAAGGUGACAGUGACCAUGUCGUUAUUACAAUACAUGAAACGUCAACAGAUUCUCAAGAAAAUGAGAAUCCUAAGGCACCAAAGGUUGGCCAACGUGUAGAAUUGUAAUUAUUUGUUACUGACAAUCAUGUAGCUAGCUUCUAGCGUUGGACUAUUUUAGAGGGAAGGGUUGAUAAUACUGUAAGAAAAAUUUUUCCAUGACUUCAUGGAUUCCUUUGCAACAAGUUCUACUAGAAGAACUAGAAAUGGCAGAGGUUUAUUAAAAAA